AAACAAAAAAAAAACAAAAAAAACAAAGAUGACAGACCUCUUAAGAAGUGUUGUCACAGUCAUUGACAUAUUUUACAAAUACACCAAGCAAGAUGGAGAAUGUGGCACACUGAGCAAGGAUGAGCUAAAGGAACUGCUGGAGAAGGAGUUCCGGCCAAUUCUGAAGAACCCAGAUGAUCCAGACACAGUAGAUGUCAUCAUGCAUAUGCUGGAUCGAGAUCAUGACCGAAGAUUAGACUUUACUGAGUUUCUUCUGAUGGUAUUCAAACUAGCUUUGGCUUGCAACAAGGUUCUUGGAAAAGAAUACUGUAAAGCUUCAGGGUCAAAGAAGCAUAGGCGUGGCCAUCAACACCGAAAGGAAGAAAGCGAAACAGAGGAGGAAGAGGAGACACCAAGACAGAAAUCAAAUUUCAGACAUUCAAGUUGGAGUGAGGGAGAAGAGGAGCAUGGACAUAGUUCUGGGGGCUCAAGGGGACCUGCAAAGCAUAGACGUAGGUCCAACUCUAGGAAGUUGGAACAGCAAGGUGAAUUAUCCAGCUCAGUAGAAGCUAGGGAAAAACACCAGGGGUCUAGCUCUGGUCACUCUUGGCAUAGUAACAAAGAGAAAUAUGGUUCCAGAUCUGAAGAGCUAGAAGAAAACAGAAACAAGUCACCUGAUAGCUCCUCUAGAGAAUCUGGAGAAGACGAUGAACCUGGAUAUAGCUUAAACAGUCAGGGAAGAAAAGGUCAUAGUGGAGUGUCACAUGGACUGGAGAAACAUGGAUCAAAGUCUACUCAGUCAAGUAAGGGUGGAGAACAAAAUCUUGGGCCUAGUUCUACAAGUUCAAAAAACAGUAAGAUACAAAGCCAUGCAUGUGGUAACAGCAACUCUAGUAAGUGCUGCAGACCACAAAAUGCUUCAAAUUCUUGUCAGGCAGGUAGAUCCGAAAGAAAAGGAAAUCAAUCUUGCUGUACCCAGUCAAGUUGUCAAUCAGGAACCGGUGGAGGACAAGGUUAUGGAUGUGUCUCUGAAGAUCAGUCCUCUAGAUGUUGUCAACCUAAACCUAGAUCCUGUAGCUGGUCUUCUAGUCAGAGAAGGUGUGGCUCUAAACAAGGUGUUCAACAACAAAACUGUGGAAGACAAGAAAAAUUGGGUUCAAGUCAUUCUUCUUGCUGUGGACAAUAUGGGACUGGAGCAACUCAAACUUCUGGUUGUGGUCAACAUGGAACAAGUUCCUGUGGACACUCUUCAAGCUCUCAUCAAAAUGGGUAUAGUUCAAAUGAAUUUUCCAAAUGUGGUCUGCAUGGGUCUGGUUUAGGGCAGUCAUCCUGCAGUGAACAACAUGGAACAAAUUCAAGACAGUCCUCUGGCUUUCAACAAUAUGGACACAGAUCAGGUCAGUCAUGUUGUGAGCAAUGUGGUACUUCAUCAGGUCAAUCCUCAAGUUGUAGUCAACAUGAGUCUGGAUUGAGUCAGUCCUCUGGUUUGGGGCAUCAUGAGUCUGGCUCACAUCAGUCAUCUGGCUUUGGGCAGCAUGGGGCUGGCUCAGGUCAGUCAUCUGGCUCUGGGUAUCAUAGAUCUGGAUCAGGUCAGCCAACUGGCUCUGAGCAGCAUGGGGCUGGAUCAGGACAAUCAUCUGGCUUUGGGCAGCAUGGGUUUGGUUCUGGUCAGUCAUCUAGUUCUGGGCAUCACAGAUCUGGUUCAGGUCAGUCUUCUGGCUUUGGGGAGUAUGGGUCUGGAUCUGGUCAGUCGUCUAGUUCUCCACAAUAUGGAUCUGGCUCAGGUCAGUCAUCUAGCUCUUGGCAGCAAGGGUCUGGGUUUGGGCAGCAUGGGUCUGGUUCUGGUCAGUCAUCUAGUUCUGAGCAUCACAGAUGGGGCUCAAGUCAGUCAUCUGGCUUUGGGCAGCAUGGGUCUGGGUUUGGGCAGCAUGGGUCUAGUGCUGGUCAGUCAUCUAGUUCUCCACAUUAUGGAUCUGGCUCGGGUCAGUCAUCUAGCUCUUGGCACCAUGGGUCUGGGUUUGGGCAGCAUGAAUCUGGUACUGGUCAGUCGUCUAGUUCUCCUAAGUAUGGAUCUGGCUCAGGUCAGUCAUCUAGAUCUUGGGAGCAUCGGUUUGGUUCUGGUCAGUCAUCUAGUUCUGGCCACCAUGGAUCUGGCUCAGGUCAAUCACCUGGCUUUGGGGGGUAUGGAUCUGGAUCUGGUGAGUCUUCUAGUUCUCCACAACAUGGAUCUGGCUCAGGUAAAUCAUCUAGCUCUUGGCAGCAUGGGGCUGGCUCAGGAAAGUUAUCUGGCUUUGAGCAGCAUGGGUCUGGUUCCGGUCAGUCAUCUAGUCAAAGGCAGCAUGGAUCUGGAUCAGGAGAGUCAUCUGGAUUUGGGCAUCACAGAUGGGGCUCAAGUCAUUCAUCUGGCUUUGGGCAGCAUGGGUCUGGUUUUGGGGAGCACGGCUCUGGUACUGCUCAGCCCCAGCAUAGCAGUCAACAUCCUGAGUCUGGGCAUCAGCAGCCCUCCAGUUCAGGAUCUGGAAGACCUCCAAGAAGUGUGGACAGCAGCAAAGAGAGUCAGUUCAGGGAAGACAUGGAAGUCCUCAGAGGCAGCCCCAGCAUAGCAGUCAACAUCCUGAGUCUGGGCACCAGCAGCCCUCCAUUUCAGGCUCUGGAAGACCUCCAAGAAGGUAUCCAAACCAGCCUGAUAGCAGUGAAGGUGAGGAGCACUCAGAAGGUUCACAGAGGCACAGAAUAUCCUCCCAUGGUCAUGGUCAGUGUGGACAGCAGCAAAGAGAGUCAAUUCAGGGAAGACAUGGAAGUCCUCAGAGGCAGCCGCAGCAUAGCAGUCAACAUCCUGAGUCUGGGCAUCAGCAGCCCUCCAUUUCAGGCUCUGGAAGACCUCCAAGAAGGUCUCCAAACCAGCCUGAUAGCAGUGAAAGUGAGGAGCACUCAGAAGGUUCACAGAGGCACAGAAUAUCCUCCCAUGGUCAGCAUGGACAGCAGCAAAGAGAGUCAAUUCAGGGAAGACAUGGAAGUCCUCAGAGGCAGCCAGAGCAUAGCAGUCAACAUCCUGAGUCUGGGCAUCAGCAGCCCUCCAUUUCAGGCUCUGGAAGACCUCCAAGAAGGUAUCCAAACCAGCCUGAUAGCAGUGAAGGUGAGGAGCACUCAGAAGGUUCACAGAGGCAUAGAAUAUCCUCCCAUGGUCAGCAUGGACAGCAGCAAAGAGAGUCAAUUCAGGGAAGACAUGGAAAACCUCAGAGGCAGCCCCAGCAUAGCAGUCAACAUCCUGAGUAUGGGCAUCAGCAGCCCUACAGUUCAGGCUCUGGAAGACCUCCAAGAAGGUAUCCAAACCAGCCUGAUAGCAGUGAAGGUGAGGAGCACUCAGAAGGUUCACAGAGGCACAGAAUAUCCUCCCAUGGUCAGCAUGGACAGCAGCAAAGAGAGUCAGUUCAGGGAAGACAUGGAAGUCCUCAGAGGCAGCCCCAGCAUAGCAGUCAACAUCCUGAGUCUGGGCAUCAGCAGCCCUCCAGUUCAGGCUCUGGAAGACCUCCAAGAAGGUCUCCAAACCAGCCUGAUAGCAGUGAAGGUGAGGAGCACUCAGAAGGUUCACAGAGGCACAGAAUAUCCUCCCAUGGUCAGCGUGGACAGCAGCAAAGAGAGUCAAUUCAGGGAAGACAUGGAAGUCCUCAGAGGCAGCCCCAGCAUAGCAGUCAACAUCCUGAGUCUGGGCAUCAGCAGCCCUCCAUUUCAGGCUCUGGAAGACCUCCAAGAAGGUAUCCAAACCAGCCUGAUAGCAGUGAAGGUGAGGAGCACUCAGAAGGUUCACAGAGGCACAGAAUAUCCUCCCAUGGUCAGCGUGGACAGCAGCAAAGAGAGUCAAUUCAGAGAAGACAUGGUAGUCCUCAGAGGCAGCCCCAGCAUAGCAGGCAACAUCCUGAGUCUGGGCAUCAGCAGCCCUCCAGUUCAGGUUCUGGAAGACCUCCAAGAAGGUCUCCAAACCAGCCUGAUAGCAGUGAAGGUGAGGAGCAUUCAGAAGGUUCACAGAGGCACAGAAUAUCCUCGCAUGGUCAGCAUGGACAGCAGCAAAGAGAGUCAAUUCAGGGAAGACAUGGAAGUCCUCAGAGGCAGCCCCAGCAUAGCAGGCAACAUCCUGAGUCUGGGCAUCAGCAGCCCUCCAGUUCAGGCUCUGGAAGACCUCCAAGAAGGUCUCCAAAUCAGUCUGAAAUCAGUGAAGGUGAGGAGCACUCAGAAAGUUCACAGAGGCAUAGAAUAUCCACCCAUGGUCAGCAUGGACAGCAGCAAAGAGAGUCACCCUCCAGUUCAGGCUCUGGAAGACCUCCAAGAAGGUCUCCAAACCAGCCUGAUAGCAGGGAAGGUGAGGAGCACUCAGAAGGUUCACAGAGGCACAGAAUAUCCUCCCAUGGUCAGCGUGGACAGCAGCAAAGAGAGUCAAUUCAGGGAAGACAUGGAAGUCCUCAGAGGCAGCCCCAGCAUAGCAGUCAACAUCCUGAGUCUGGGCAUCAGCAGCCCUCCAGUUCAGGCUCUGGAAGACCUCCAAGUAGGUCUCCAAAUCAGUCUGAGAUCAGUGAAGGUGAGGAGCACUCAGAAAGUUCACAGAGGCAUAGAAUAUCCUCGCAUGGUCAGCAUGGACAGCAGCAAAGAGAGUCAAUUCAGGGAAGACAUGGAAGUCCUCAGAGGCAGCCCCAGCAUAGCAGUCAACAUCCUGAGUCUGGGCAUCAGCAGCCCUCCAGUUCAGGCUCUGGAAGACCUCCAAGAAGGUCUCCAAACCAGCCUGAUAGCAGUGAAGGUGAGGAGCACUCAGAAGGUUCACAGAGGCACAGAAUAUCCUCCCAUGGUCAGCGUGGACAGCAGCAAAGAGAGUCAAUUCAGGGAAGACAUGGAAGUCCUCAGAGGCAGCCCCAGCAUAGCAGUCAACAUCCUGAGUCUGGGCAUCAGCAGCCCUCCAGUUCAGGCUCUGGAAGACCUCCAAGAAGGUCUCCAAAUCAGUCUGAGAUCAGUGAAGGUGAGGAGCACACAGAAAGUUCACAGAGGCAUAGAAUAUCCACCCAUGGUCAGCAUGGACAGCAGCAAAGAGAGUCACCCUCCAGUUCAGGCUCUGGAAGACCUCCAAGAAGGUCUCCAAACCAGCCUGAUAGCAGGGAAGGUGAGGAGCACUCAGAAGGUUCACAGAGGCACAGAAUAUCCUCCCAUGGUCAGAGUGGACAGCAGCAAAGAGAGUCAAUUCAGGGAAGACAUGGAAGUCCUCAGAGGCAGCCCCAGCAUAGCAGUCAACAUCCUGAGUCUGGGCAUCAGCAGCCCUCCAGUUCAGGCUCUGGAAGACCUCCAAGUAGGUCUCCAAAUCAGUCUGAGAUCAGUGAAGGUGAGGAGCACUCAGAAAGUUCACAGAGGCAUAGAAUAUCCUCGCAUGGUCAGCAUGGACAGCAGCAAAGAGAGUCAAUUCAGGGAAGACAUGGAAGUCCUCAGAGGCAGCCCCAGCAUAGCAGUCAACAUCCUGAGUCUGGGCAUCAGCAGCCCUCCAGUUCAGGCUCUGGAAGACCUCCAAGAAGGUCUCCAAAUCAGUCUGAGAUCAGUGAAGCCCUCCAGUUCAGGCUCUGGAAGACCUCCAAGAAGGUCUCCAAACCAGCCUGAUAGCAGUGAAGGUGAGGAGCACUCAGAAGGUUCACAGAGGCACAGAAUAUCCUCCCAUGGUCAGCGUGGACAGCAGCAAAGAGAGUCAAUUCAGGGAAGACAUGGAAGUCCUCAGAGGCAGCCCCAGCAUAGCAGUCAACAUCCUGAGUCUGGGCAUCAGCAGCCCUCCAGUUCAGGCUCUGGAAGACCUCCAAGAAGGUCUCCAAAUCAGUCUGAGAGCAGUGAAGGUGAGGAGCACUCAGAAAGUUCACAGAGGCAUAGAAUAUCCACCCAUGGUCAGCAUGGACAGCAGCAAAGAGAGUCAGUAAAGGGCAGACAGGGGGGUCCUCAAAGGCAGCCCCAGCAUAGCAGUCAACAUCCUGAGUCUGGGCAUCAGCAGCCCUCCAGUUCAGGCUCUGGAAGACCUCCAAGAAGGUCUCCAAACCAGCCUGAUAGCAGUGAAGGUGAGGAGCACUCAGAAGGUUCACAGAGGCACAGAAUAUCCUCCCAUGGUCAGCGUGGACAGCAGCAAAGAGAGUCAAUUCAGGGAAGACAUGGAAGUCCUCAGAGGCAGCCCCAGCAUAGCAGUCAACAUCCUGAGUCUGGGCAUCAGCAGCCCUCCAGUUCAGGCUCUGGAAGACCUCCAAGAAGGUCUCCAAACCAGCCUGAUAGCAGUGAAGGUGAGGAGCACUCAGAAGGUUCACAGAGGCACAGAAUAUCCUCCCAUGGUCAGCGUGGACAGCAGCAAAGAGAGUCAAUUCAGGGAAGACAUGGAAGUCCUCAGAGGCAGCCCCAGCAUCCCAGUCAACAUCCUGAGUCUGGGCAUCAGCAGCCCUCCAGUUCAGGCUCUGGAAGACCUCCAAGAAGGUCUCCAAACCAGCCUGAUAGCAGUGAAGGUGAGGAGCACUCAGAAGGUUCACAGAGGCACAGAAUAUCCUCCCAUGGUCAGCGUGGACAGCAGCAAAGAGAGUCAAUUCAGGGAAGACAUGGAAGUCCUCAGAGGCAGCCCCAGCAUAGCAGGCAACAUCCUGAGUCUGGGCAUCAGCAGCCCUCCAGUUCAGGCUCUAGAAGACCUCCAAGAAGGUCUCCAAACCAGCCUGAUAGCAGUGAAGGUGAGGAGCACUCAGAAGGUUCACAGAGGCACAGAAUAUCCUCCCAUGGUCAGCGUGGACAGCAGCAAAGAGAGUCAGUUCAGGGAAGACAUGGUAGUCCUCAGAGGCAGCCCCAGCAUAGCAGGCAACAUCCUGAGUCUGGGCAUCAGCAGCCCUCCAGUUCAGGCUCUGGAAGACCUCCACGAAGGUCUCCAAACCAGCCUGAUAGCAGUGAAGGUGAGGAGCACUCAGAAGGUUCACAGAGGCACAGAAUAUCCUCCCAUGGUCAGCGUGGACAGCAGCAAAGAGAGUCAAUUCAGGGAAGACAUGGAAGUCCUCAGAGGCAGCCCCAGCAUAGCAGUCAACAUCCUGAGUCUGGGCAUCAGCAGCCCUCCAGUUCAGGCUCUGGAAGACCUCCAAGAAGCCCUCCAAACCAGCCUGAUAGCAGUGAAGGUGAGGAGCACUCAGAAGGUUCACAGAGGCACAGAAUAUCCUCCCAUGGUCAGCAUGGACAGCAGCAAAGAGAGUCAAUUCAGGGAAGACAUGGAAGUCCUCAGAGGCAGCCCCAGCAUAGCAGUCAACAUCCUGAGUCUGGGCAUCAGCAGCCCUCCAGUUCAGGCUCUGGAAGACCUCCAAGAAGGUCUCCAAAUCAGUCUGAGAUCAGUGAAGGUGAGGAGCACUCAGAAAGUUCACAGAGGCAUAGAAUAUCCACCCAUGGUCAGCAUGGACAGCAGCAAAGAGAGUCAGUAAAGGGCAGACAGGGGGGUCCUCAAAGGCAGCCCCAGCAUAGCAGUCAACAUCCUGAGUCUGGGCAUCAGCAGCCCUCCAGUUCAGGCUCUGGAAGACCUCCAAGAAGGUCUCCAAACCAGCCUGAUAGCAGUGAAGGUGAGGAGCACUCAGAAGGUUCACAGAGGCACAGAAUAUCCUCCCAUGGUCAGCGUGGACAGCAGCAAAGAGAGUCAAUUCAGGGAAGACAUGGAAGUCCUCAGAGGCAGCCCCGGCAUAGCAGUCAACAUCCUGAGUCUGGGCAUCAGCAGCCCUCCAGUUCAGGCUCUGGAAGACCUCCAAGAAGGUCUCCAAAUCAGUCUGAGAUCAGUGAAGGCAGCCCCAGCAUAGCAGUCAACAUCCUGAGUCUGGGCAUCAGCAGCCCUCCAGUUCAGGCUCUGGAAGACCUCCAAGAAGGUCUCCAAACCAGCCUGAUAGCAGUGAAGGUGAGGAGCACUCAGAAGGUUCACAGAGGCACAGAAUAUCCUCCCAUGGUCAGCGUGGACAGCAGCAAAGAGAGUCAAUUCAGGGAAGACAUGGAAGUCCUCAGAGGCAGCCCCAGCAUAGCAGGCAACAUCCUGAGUCUGGGCAUCAGCAGCCCUCCAGUUCAGGCUCUGGAAGACCUCCAAGAAGGUCUCCAAACCAGCCUGAUAGCAGUGAAGGUGAGGAGCACUCAGAAGGUUCACAGAGGCACAGAAUAUCCUCCCAUGGUCAGCGUGGACAGCAGCAAAGAGAGUCAAUUCAGGGAAGACAUGGAAGUCCUCAGAGGCAGCCCCAGCAUCCCAGUCAACAUCCUGAGUCUGGGCAUCAGCAGCCCUCCAGUUCAGGCUCUGGAAGACCUCCAAGAAGGUCUCCAAACCAGCCUGAUAGCAGUGAAGGUGAGGAGCACUCAGAAGGUUCACAGAGGCACAGAAUAUCCUCCCAUGGUCAGCGUGGACAGCAGCAAAGAGAGUCAAUUCAGGGAAGAUAUGGAAGUCCUCAGAGGCAGCCCCAGCAUAGCAGUCAACAUCCUGAGUCUGGGCAUCAGCAGCCCUCCAGUUCAGGCUCUGGAAGACCUCCAAGAAGGUCUCCAAACCAGCCUGAUAGCAGUGAAGGUGAGGAGCACUCAGAAGGUUCACAGAGGCACAGAAUAUCCUCCCAUGGUCAGCGUGGACAGCAGCAAAGAGAGUCAGUUCAGGGAAGACAUGGUAGUCCUCAGAGGCAGCCCCAGCAUAGCAGGCAACAUCCUGAGUCUGGGCAUCAGCAGCCCUCCAGUUCAGGCUCUGGAAGACCUCCACGAAGGUCUCCAAACCAGCCUGAUAGCAGUGAAGGUGAGGAGCACUCAGAAGGUUCACAGAGGCACAGAAUAUCCUCCCAUGGUCAGCGUGGACAGCAGCAAAGAGAGUCAAUUCAGGGAAGACAUGGAAGUCCUCAGAGGCAGCCCCAGCAUAGCAGUCAACAUCCUGAGUCUGGGCAUCAGCAGCCCUCCAGUUCAGGCUCUGGAAGUCCUCCAAGUAGGUCUCCAAAUCAGUCUGAGAUCAGUGAAGGUGAGGAGCACUCAGAAAGUUCACAGAGGCAUAGAAUAUCCACCCAUGGUCAGCAUGGACAGCAGCAAAGAGAGUCACCCUCCAGUUCAGGCUCUGGAAGACCUCCAAGAAGGUCUCCAAACCAGCCUGAUAGCAGUGAAGGUGAGGAGCACUCAGAAGGUUCACAGAGGCACAGAAUAUCCUCCCAUGGUCAGAGUGGACAGCAGCAAAGAGAGUCAGUUCAGGGAAGACAUGGAAGUCCUCAGAGGCAGCCCCAGCAUAGCAGUCAACAUCCUGAGUCUGGGCAUCAGCAGCCCUCCAGUUCAGGCUCUGGAAGACCUCCAAGUAGGUCUCCAAAUCAGUCUGAGAUCAGUGAAGGUGAGGAGCACUCAGAAAGUUCACAGAGGCAUAGAAUAUCCUCGCAUGGUCAGCAUGGACAGCAGCAAAGAGAGUCAAUUCAGGGAAGACAUGGAAGUCCUCAGAGGCAGCCCCAGCAUAGCAGUCAACAUCCUGAGUCUGGGCAUCAGCAGCCCUCCAGUUCAGGCUCUCGAAGACCUCCAAGAAGGUCUCCAAAUCAGUCUGAGAUCAGUGAAGGUGAGGAGCACUCAGAAGGUUCACAGAGGCACAGAAUAUCCUCCCAUGGUCAGCGUGGACAGCAGCAAAGAGAGUCAAUUCAGGGAAGACAUGGAAGUCCUCAGAGGCAGCCCCAGCAUCCCAGUCAACAUCCUGAGUCUGGGCAUCAGCAGCCCUCCAGUUCAGGCUCUGGAAGACCUCCAAGAAGCCCUCCAAACCAGCCUGAUAGCAGUGAAGGUGAGGAGCACUCAGAAGGUUCACAGAGGCACAGAAUAUCCUCCCAUGGUCAGCAUGGACAGCAGCAAAGAGAGUCAAUUCAGGAAAGACAUGGAAGUCCUCAGAGGCAGCCCCAGCAUAGCAGUCAACAUCCUGAGUCUGGGCAUCAGCAGCCCUCCAGUUCAGGCUCUGGAAGACCUCCAAGUAGGUCUCCAAAUCAGUCUGAGAUCAGUGAAGCGUGAACAGCAGCAAAGAGAGUCAGUAAAGGGCAGACAGGGGGGUCCUCAAAGGCAGCCCCAGCAUAGCAGUCAACAUCCUGAGUCUGGGCAUCAGCAGCCCUCCAGUUCAGGCUCUGGAAGACCUCCAAGAAGGUCUCCAAACCAGCCUGAUAUCAGUGAAGGUGAAGAGCACUCAGAAGGUUCACAGAGGCACAGAAUAUCCUCCCAUGGUCAGCGUGGACAGCAGCAAAGAGAGUCAAUUCAGGGAAGACAUGGAAGUCUUCAGAGGCAGACCCAGCAUAGCAGGCAACAUCCUGAGUCCGGGCAUCAGCAGCCCUCCAGUUCAGGCUCUGGUAGAUCUCCAAGUAGGUCUCCAAAUCAGUCUGAUAUCAGUGAAGGUGAGGAGCACUCAGAAAGUUCACAGAGGCAUAGAAUAUCCUCCCAUGGUCAGCGUGGACAGCAGCAAAGAGAGUCAAUUCAGGGAAGACAUGGAAGUCCUCAAAGGCAUUCUCAGUUCAGUCAUAGAGUAUCACAUAGUACUCAUUGGCAGUCAAGGGAUAGUAUUAUACAACAAUCACAUAGAGGACGUGGCCCUUCUCGGAGAAAGAAUUUUAGUUCUCCCAGUAGUAGAAAUCAUUCUGAUUCUAGUCAACAUUGGAGACAUGGCAGCUAUGGUAGGGAAGAAUAUGAUUAUGGAGAGUCAGGAUAUGGACCUUCUGGAGGCAUUAGGAAAAGCAUAAAUUCCAGUCUUUGUUGGUCAGAAAGAAUCACAAAUACAGAUGUGUCACCAGAUGGACAGUCCUUCUCUCUACCUGACCAUGGAAGAUCAAAUGGAAUUAAAGGAACUGAAGCUCUAGAUCUCAAACAUAGAGAGUCAUACACAGGUUUUACGCAGCCAGUUGAUUACUAUAAUCUAUUUGAAUCUAAUACACCUAGAAAUGCUGUUUCUAGUCCUGGUCAUUCUGUAGUCCAACCUGAACAUUCAAAUUAUAGUAAUGUUAAAUAUGAAUACAGUAAUAAAGAAAAUGAAGAAACUACUCAAAGCCAGCCAGUGGACCAGACUGGUUUUAACUAUAGUCCAUAUAUAUCAUUUCAGGAAUAUUCAGAAACCAAUCCAAUUGGAAGUCAAUAUGGAUUCAACACUAAUGAUAGCCAAGUGUGUAGCCAUAUCCAGUCAAGUGAUAGCUACCAGCUGUCAAGUGACAGCAAAAAAAGCAAUCAAAGACAUUUUUCCAACAACUCUGUUCACAGUUUAUACUGUAUGGGAACUGAAGAGUAUGAAUAUUUACCAAGUGCAACCAUAGUGAGUGAAGGAAGACUAGGGCAGGAGCCGGGAUAUAAGCUUUCAGGGAGAAUCAGAAAUUGUAAUCAGUUUGUAGAUGACAAGAAGACAGGAGCCAGAAGUUGCCAUGAAAUGGGGGGAAUGAAUUCAAGUUCUGCCUACUUAGAGAGCACCACUCCACUAUAUACGUAUGUCCAAGAACAAAGAUACUCUUACUUUGAUUGAGAAGCCAGUAAUAAGCAUGAUAAAGCAAGUUAAGAACUAAACCAAGGAAUAAAGGGGAUGCUUUGUAAGACAAUAAAAUGUUUAACAUGAUUCCUUAUUCUGGCAGUAGGUGGUAUAUUCUUUCAUAUUAAUUGUAUUACUAAAUUUAAUGUUGUUUGGUGCAAGAUAUUUUUGUAGUACUCUAAAGUCACUGAUCUUCUUGGAUAAAAGAAAUUAAAUGAAAUAAGUUAAAGUAUUGGAACUAUAUUCAGAAGUACACAAUCAAAGUGUAUAUGAUUUUGGUGUUUGGGAAUUAAAAUUAACAUUUAAAACUUCUCUAAGACAAGAAUUUGGGUUUUCCUCAUACAGUUUUAAUUCAUCAUUAAAACUUUAUCCAAGAAGCAAAGGUCAUAGCUUAAAAGUCACAAUUUUUCUAGUAAUGGUAUAACAUAUUACAUGUUCUGGACAAAGAAUUUGAUUUUUUCCUGGGUGGAGAUUCAGAUUAUUUUCAUCUUUUGUGUUACCAUUAAAAUUCUAUUACUCUUAAAUUUAUUGUCAUGAUUUCUUAGAUACAGAAACCAGAAAAUUGUAUUGGAUUAUA